UUUCAGACGUGAUCUUUGGUGAUCGAAACGGAAAAAGCAAUGAUCAAUGAUAAGUGUGACAAUUGCGGAUCCUUGUUGAAGUGAAAUUAUACAGAAAAAGAUAACUAAUGAUAUUUUUCGUAUGGUCACUUGUGUUAUCUGCUGUGAAAUUUGCACGACGUCAACGGCUAGUAUCAGUAUUAUCGGAAUACUUCAUUUGGAAUCUUUCGCAUAAUUCGAUACUUUUAUGUCGACAAAUUCCUUGUUUUUCUUGCUUUUCAAGAAAUAAAGAGAAUUAUGAAAAAUUAACGGGUACUUCGAACAUAUUACGAAAGACGAGCAGUGAACCGUGCCUUCCAGGUGAACUGAUUGCAAGACCAAUUUAUCGUACCGAGGAAAUGGAAUUUGUUGUUCAGUUAGAUGCUCCACAAUUGGAUAUUAUGGAUUGGAAUAUAUUUACGCCGCCAAUUCAUGGUUCUAUUCCACGUGUUCAUUUUAUUGCUUUUUUGGAUAAGAAAUGUGAUAAAUAUGAUGAAACAUUGGAUGAUAGUAUUAUGCUUACUGAUUCAUUUGAUACCAUCGAUGAACAAUCAGCCAUUCAUUCUUCCAACUUACCAUCAAUUCUGAUUGGUAAUUUAUGCAAUAAAAUCGCUCAUCGACGAGGACGUCCGUGGGAAAUUCUUUAUGAAUGUACAUUAUAUGAUUUUUAUGAUAUUGCUUUUGCAUGGUCACAGAAUUCACUGUUUGAUAUUGAUGGUAAAGCGAUUGUCAAAAUGAUGAAAGUGAUAACAUUGCCGGAAAGUUUUUUCAUUCAAUCUGAUGAUAGUAACAGUUUACAAAGGAGUAUAUCACCUCCUCUUAGUUGUGGUGAAUGGGGGAUAAAUUCAUCACGUAGCAGUUUAUCGCUGGAACCACUUUCAUUAUUGGAAUUACUUUAUGAACGAGAACAUAGCUGUAUUAUGGAUAAAGAUGAUUAUCGGAAUUUUCAUGGUUCCUCAGCUUUAUCCUUCUUUUCUAACAAUGAUUCAGUGUUACAUUACGAUCAUCGACUGGAAUUACCCGCUCCAUCUAAUUUUCAGUUAUCACCAGCCGAUGUUUCCAGUAAUAACUGCUUUGGAUAUAUCAAGAAGCCGAAUUCAUUCCGAUCAAGAAAAUGUUCUGUAUCACUUGAACGAACUCAAACAGUACUCAAUGAUGCUGUUCCAACCUAUAUCAAAUAUCUCAAAGAGCAAAAUAAGAUGAGAAAAUGUCGUUCAAAAAUUCAACAAUUUGAUCAGAAAACGAGAAUUGCUGAAAAUGGAUGGUCAUGCGAACUCUACGCUCUCAGAAACAUCGACGAAAUUAUUCCGCAACAAUUCAAUAGUCAACUUUUCAUCGAUGAUACCAAUUCGGUACGCAAAGAUGACGUUAGUUUGUCUGUGAAAUUUACAAAUGAUAAUAUAUAUGAUAUUGGGAAACAGAUUGUCAUUUAUUCGAUUCCAGAUGAGAUGAACAAUCCUUUAAUCGAGCAAAUUCAGGAUGAAAAGAGUCAAAUUCAACUGCAGUCGAACGAGGAUCGCAUCACUUCAGGUCAGAUCAGUGGUCGCUCAUAUCAAAUUCAGAUGGAACCUAGUCAGAUUUUAAUUCGAUCAGAUCAAGAGUCAGUUAUUCGGAAAUUUCAAGACUCAAGCACUGCAAAUGUUACAUCAAUAAACAAACCUCAGCAUAAGCAAUUUUCAAAAAAGAUUGUAAAUUCAACAACUUUUGAGGGAAACAAAUCACAGUCAUCAACUUCGAUCAUUGAGGAUGAAUGUAAAAUGAUAUCAGUAAGAACAGACUCUUACAAAAUCUCCCCUGAUUCUACAUCGAUUUUACUCUCAUCUUUACUCCGGAUUCCGGAAGAACAAUCAAAGUUACUGGAUAAAGAAAUGUUUCGAAUUUUCAGUGGUUCUCAUUUGCACACCACAACAGAUAGUGGAAAAUUUCUUGCGAAACCUUUAAUGAUUUUGGUAUUUACUGGUGACAAUGAUGAUCUAUUCAGUCGUAUCUCAGAAACUCUUAGUACGAUGUUACCAUCUGAUACUCAUACUAUUUUCCAUUUGUCAUAUGAAGCUUUCUGCAAGCAUCCAUGGAUUGGACAAAGUACUGCAUGCUUGAUUGUAGCUGAUACGUCGCACCUGGACGACAAAUGUUGGAUUCGACUUCAGCAAUAUUUCAGUAAUGUAAGGUUUUUUUAA